AUGGAUGACCUCUUGAUCACUGGCUCAUCUCGUCAAUUGAUUCAGGAUGCCAAAGCUAUGCUCCAACAUCACUUCAAGAUCAAGGACCUGGGGGAGAUGAGAUACUUCCUUGAUCUUGAAGUUGCAAGGAGAAGACAAAGCAUUUUGGUUUGUCAAAGGAAGUUCCCACUUGAUCUUAUUGCCACACUUGGGCUUGCAGGUUCUAAACCGGCCUGCACACCUCUUGACACAAGCCAUAAGCUCACCAGUGUAGAGUAUGAUCAAGCCAAUGCUCAUGGAGCUGUGGAUGCUGAUGAGUUACUUAGUGAUCCAAGCAGCUAUCAAAAAUUAGUUGGGAAGCUGCUGUAUCUUACCAUGACAAGGCCAGACAUCAGCUAUGUUGUAUAA